GGGUUACAAAAGUCCCACCUUCAAGGAGUUCACAGUAACGCUCUGCUGCUCUGCUGAGUUUGGACUGACUCUCUACAAGCCAGCGAGGUCUGGAAAACUCUGGAAAGUGUGAAACCAUGAACCAAACGAUUUAACAUAUAAACUUUGGAUAAAAGAAAAAAAACAGGAUUUAAGACUGAAGACAGACAUGGGAUUCUCAGAUCUACUUCAGGAGGUGGGUGGUUUUGGCAGGUACCAGUGGCUCCAUGUGACCCUGAUCAGUAUACCUGGAUUAAUGAUGGCCAGUCAGAACCUCCUUAACAACUUUGUCUCCGGAAUCCCUGCACACCACUGCAAGCUGCCCGCCAACCACAGCCUCUACAACCUGUCACACCUACAGGUGGAUGAAAAGCAGCUGCUAAGAGUUUUCAUUCCUCUGGACUCUUCCGGAAAUAGACUAGACCGCUGCAAAAGGUAUGUGGAGCCUCAGUGGCACCUUCUAACAGCUAACAGCUCAGCUAACACUAGCCAGAUACAAACAGAGGAAUGUUUAGAUGGAUGGACCUUCGACAGCUCAGAGUUCCACGCCACCACAGUCUCUGAGUGGGGGCUUGUCUGCUCCCUGCGUCCUCUCAAACAGAUGAUUCAGACCAUCUACAUGGGUGGAGUUUUAGCAGGAGCUAUUGUCUAUGGAGGCCUGUCAGACAGGUUUGGGAGGCGGUCUGUCCUUAUUUGGUCAUACCUGCAGCUAGGCAUUCUUGGCUGUAGCUCCGCCCUCUCCCCUACGUAUACGGCCUACUGUGUAUUCAGGUUUCUGAGUGGGAUGGCGGUGUCAGGGGUCAUCCUCAAUGGAGUCUCACUAAAGGUGGAGUGGAUCCCGACCAAAGAGCGGACUCUAGUGGGCACACUCACAUCCUUCUUCUUCACCUUUGGCCAGAUGAUCCUUGCCGGACUUGCCUAUUGGCUGAGAGACUGGAGGAUGAUACAGGUGGUGGUCUGUGCUCCCCACUUCCUGUUCUUCAGCUACAGCUGGUGGUAUGCUGAGUCGGCCCGAUGGUUAGUUCUAAAACGUCGGUCUGAGGAUGCCUUAAAGAGUCUGCACCGUGUUGCACGGAUCAACGGGAAGCGUGAGGUCGUCAACACGUUAACCUUAGAGGUUCUUCACUCACACAUGAACAAAGAGAUCGAGUCGAGUCGAGCGGGUCACACGGCGUACGACCUGAUGAGGACGCCGGGGAUGAGACGGAUUUCUGUAUGCCUCAUCGCUGUGUGGUUCUCCACCAGUUUCGCCUAUUACGGUUUGGCGAUGGACCUGCAGAAGUUUGGGGUGAGCAUCUACCUCAUGCAGAUCAUCUUUGGAUUUGUUGACUUUCCAGCCAAACUUAUGGCUCUGGGCAUGCUCAGUUACCUGGGGAGGCGUGUCUCUCAGGCAGCUUGCCUCUUCCUGUCAGCCCUCGUAAUCUUCGCCAACAUCUUCGUCCCGACAGACAUGCAGACCGUCAGGACCACGUUAGCGUGUCUGGGUAAAGGAUUCACCUCUGCAUCGUUUACCACCGUUUACCUGUACACUGGGGAGCUCUACCCCACCGUCAUCAGACAGACAGGAAUGGGUCUUGUGUCCACCAUGGCCAGAAUCGGCAGCAUGGCAGCGCCAGCAGUCCUCAUUCUGGAUGAGGUGUUUCCUGCUCUGCCCAGCGUAGUGUAUGGAGGGUCGGCGGUGCUGGCCGGCUGCUUUGCCUGCUUCCUACCUGAAACACUGAACAUACCACUGCCAGACACCAUUGAGGACGUGGAGGAUAAAUGGUCUAAUUGGAGGAAGACUGGACGAAGCUCUGCCCUGCAGCAAUAUGGGAAGGUGUCCAAAACCGACAGUGGAAAAGGCGGUGGUGUCUCAACAGAGGGCGUGGUCUCAUCCGAGGGCGUGGCUUUAAAAGAGUUAAAGGAAGCAGAAGGGACGGGGCUCAACGCCCUCUGACACUAUCCCUAACAAAUCAGAGUGCUGGAGUGACCCGUACCGAUUAGAGGGCUGGAGUACCGUGGACCAAUCAGAGGGCUUGGUUAAUGACAGAUGAACAACAGAAUGAGUGAAUGAGAGGCUGUAUUUAAUAGUACAUACUGUUUUAUCCAAAUGUGACAGGAUAAAUAACAUUCACCAUCAUCAAUGAAUCAAUUAAUGAAUGUAUUGGUAAAAGGUGAUAACUAAUGUGUGAUUAACAUUGAUCUGAGACCUCAACAGUAAUAAAAAGAACAGCCUGAUAAUAAAUCAAUAAUUAAUUUAUGUCACAUUCAUUUAUCCACGUUAA